AUGGCCACAAUCGCGCUCCCCAGGCCUAUUCCCCCUCAUCGCACCUCAUCCGCGGUGGGCUCCGUUUCGUCCAUAUCGCUAGAGUCCAUCAGCGCCGCUCAGCAAGCCCCCGUGCCAAACAAACACCUUCCCGUUUGUCCGCCUGGCCCGGUUCCGGCGGAGGAGCCCAAUACACCUCCGCCCUCUCCUCCCCGAGACGAUGAACAGAUCCAGCAAUCGUCGCUGCUCUUUCCACCCGGCAAGUUCGAUCGACAUGAGCUCGGUUCGGUGGCAGUCUACAACAUCAGCCCCGCCGACGUCGCCGCUGCAGUGGACUACACCUCUCGCCAGCCUUUGCCGGAUCCGAACCAAGUCUUCCCGUGGUUCCACGGGCUCCACCCCCACAACCAUAUCCAGCAAGCUUUCUUCAUCGCCCGCCAUCGCUCUCUGAGGAAAACACCCACAUGUGUUCGCGGCGUCACCCUCGUUAAAGCUGAUGGGGACGUCGCUGUCGCUCGCCUCAAGGGCGCCAUCGCCCCUCAAGAGUUCAUGCAUCUGUCUGCCUCUGCCGAGUUCAUUGACGUCGAUCCGCGGGACGGCUUCUGCGUGAGGAACUUUCAAAUUCAGGCCGCCAAAGCAGCCAUGAUUUCUGAUAUCAUUGUAUACGGAGAUGACGAAGCCAAGGUUCGGAAACUCGCCAUUGACAUAGCCACAGCGCAGUCACGAUGGCGACACCGACACGAGAGUCAAGGCCACUCCAUUCCAGAAUACAAUACGUUUCUCUGCAUUUCGCCAUUCGACGAGUUUGAGAAGAACCACCAGGAAAUCGUUGCUAUUGACGGCGAAGGCCAGCUGACAGGCAACGUGCUUGACUUCUUUCACCAGGAGCGGAAAGAGAUGUACCACAUGACGAAAGCCUCAGAAAUAUCUCAUAACGUCUGGCUCGGGCCAACGCCAGAUCCGACUACGCAAGAGGAGGACUACUACGACAUAUUGAUCGAAUGUAGCGAUGUUGGCCGACUCAACCCCUCGACACUUCGUACACUGGCAGAGUCCAAGAUUGAGCCCGCCCAGCGGCCAUAUAUUGAUUUCCCGUCCUCUGGCAGUAUCUUGCCGCCAACCUGGUCACAAGCAGAGGCUGACGGCAUCCUGGAAACAUGUAAAUGGAUCUACCACUUGGCACAUGGAACUUUGCCAGCCUGCGAGAAAUCGAGCUUCGACUUUGACGGUGACUUGGACAUGGACGAACAGCCUGAGCAGGAACCGGUCAACAUCCGCCCAAGAAAAAUACUUGUCCACUGUGCUGACGGUUAUACCGAGUCUACGAUGCUCGGAAUAGCCUACUUCAGCUACAGCACAGGACGUGGAAUCGCCGAUGCUUGGCUGCAUUUGCACACCUUGAAGCAACGCAACUUCUUUGCGUACCCUACGGAUGUGGCCCUUCUUACCUGCAUCGAGGCUCGCCUCCUUCACGAAUCACCUCUUCAUGCCGGCAAGUGCCUACGCGAAGUCACGGCUUUGAUCAAGGAACCUGCGUGGCUACCUGGCCUGGACGGCUCUCUACCCAGCCGGGUCUUGGAUUACAUGUACCUCGGCAACCUGGGACACGCAAACAAUCCUGACUUGCUCAGGGCCCUUGGAAUCAGCCAGAUUCUUAGCGUGGGCGAGACGUCGAUGUGGAAAGAGGGUCAGUUGGAGUUGUGGGGUGCGGAAAACGUUUGUGUUGUCCAAGGUGUCCAGGACAAUGGUAUUGAUCCCUUGCGGGACGAGUUCGAGCGAUGCCUUGAGUUUAUUGGUGAGUUCUUGUUCCUCUUUGGCUCAAUGGAAAAUGCUAACUUCCUCACGGACCGUGGCCGGCGUAAUGGAACGGCCACGUUGGUGCAUUGUCGUGUUGGCGUGUCACGUAGUGCCACCAUUUGCAUCGCCGAGGUGAUGCGGGCCUUGGACCUUUCGUUUCCUCGAGCGUACUGUUUCGUCCGCGCUCGUCGACUUAAUGUCAUCAUUCAGCCCCAUUUGCGCUUCGCCUACGAACUUCUCAAGUGGGAGGAGUUGAACCAGGUUAAGAAGCAUGGCUCUUCCGGCAUCAAGCGAGAACUAGAAUGGGGAGAAAUCGCCAGGGAGAUCGCUUUGAUGAACAGACCAUACGCUCGAUAA